AUGACUCAUCGGCAGGAGCGUAUGCAGCUGGAUAUGCUGGACAAAGGGAUGGUUCACGUCCUGGGCGGGACUGAGCUGGAUAACUUGUACACAGCUGGCGGCGUGACUGCUAAAGGAGAGGCCGCACUGGUCCUGGAGGAUGGAUUCAAGGAUGAAGGAGACAUGGUCCCUGAUUCCAAGGAGUUUACCCUCUUGGACGUAAACAAGUCCAAGGCAAAGGGGAUAAAAGCAGAACUCCAGAGCAGUGCCGUGAGUGCUCCGACUGGGCGCUUGGCUAAGACCCUCUGCGCGGCUCUGAGCGACACACUCCGCAACGAUCCUCCGGGUCGUUCAUCUGGGCGUUCCGACAGAGCCCUCUGCGAGGAGGAAGCCAUAAUAUUUUGGGACCCUCCGAAGCUCUUCCUUGCAAGACCAGCCGGCCUCAGACCCGUCAUGGGCCCAGUCGUGGGACCUUCUCCACCUCGAUUGACUCUGGGCCUUGUCCAUGCAUACAAGAAAGAUUCAGAGGACAAUCCCCAAACAUUGCUUUUUUGUGCAACUUGCCCUCUUUGGGUUUAUAAUGUUGCUAAGAAAUACAUGAAAUCUACAUAUGAACAGGUGGACCUAAUUGGGAAAAAGACUCAGAAAACGGCAAUCACUGUGGAGCAUCUGGCUAUCAAGCGCCGUUGGACUCAAAGAGCAGCAGUUAUGGGGGACGUGAUCCGAGUGUACAGUGGUUUUCAAGGGCGCUCAACUAUUAUCUGUGAAACCAAGAAAGAAGCCCAGGACUUGUCUCAGAAUGUGUCCAUACAGCAGGAUGCCCAGUCAUUACACGGAGACAUGCCACAGAAGCCACGGGAAAUCACCCUGAAAGGCUUCAGAAAUGGUGAUUUUGGAGUUUUGGUAGUAACCAACGUUGCUGCGCGUGGGUUAGACAGGCCUGAAGUGGACCUGGUUAUACCAAGCUCUCCUCCAAAGGAUGUGGAGUCCUACAUUCAUCGUUCUGGGCGAACGGGCAGAGCUGGAAGGUCAGGGAUUUGCAUCUGCUUUUAUCAGCACGAGGAAGUGGAGCGAAAGGCGGGAGUUAAAUUUAAACAAAUAAGUGUCCCUUCUGCAACAGAGAUAAUAACAGCUUCCAGCAAAGAUGCGACCAGGCUUUUGCAUUCUGUGCCUCCCACUGUCAUUAGUCACGUGAAACAGUCAGCUGAGAAACUGAUAGAAGGGGCCAUGGAAGCCCUGGCAGCAGCACUGGCCCAUAUUUCAGGGGCCACAUCAGUAGACCAGCGCUCCUUGAUCAACGCAGAUACGGGCUUUGGGACCAUGAUCUUGGGGUGUUCAACUGAAAUGCCCAACAUUAGUUAUGCUUGGAAAGAACUUAUGGAGCAACAGGGUGAGGAUAUCGAUUCCAAAGUGAAGGGAAUGGUCUUUCUCAAAGGAAAGCAGGGUGUUUGCUUUGACGUCCCUACCGCAGCAAUAAUAGAAAUACAGGGAAAAUGACACAAUUCACGGUGUUGGCAGCUCUCUGUGGCCACGGAGCAACCAGAGCUGGAAGGACCACAGCAAAGCCACCGAAGCUUCAGAGGACAGCGGGACAGCAAUCGAGGUUUUAGGGGCCAGCGGGGAGGAAACAGAAGCUUCAGGGGACAGCGGGAAGGAAAUAGAAACCUCAGAAGAAAGCGAUCAGGAGGUGGCAACAGAAGUAACACAUUCCAAAACAAAAGCCAGAAGCGGAGUUUCUGUAAAGUAUUUGGUCAGUAA